CCAAACGUACGUCUACUCAAUCGCCAUAUUGGCUUCGAGGAAGCUGCUGUGUGCACUUUCCUCUCUUUGGGUUUUCUUUUUUCCCCUCAGCGGAUUUAAAGUGACAAGAAGCGGCUGCGAGUUGACGGAGGUGACGUUUGAAUGGCGUGAACAGCUUUUUACCCCUCUUCAGCCUACAUUGCGUUUUACUUUUAUUUUUGGGAUCUUACCCAGCGAAAAGUUGUUGUUUUUUUCGCCCCGCAAAAAGUGGACCCUCCCGGCUGUUUUUGUGCGUCUUUCUCGGUGGUGGAGGGGGGCGGGGGAUUAAAACAAAAAAUGUCCGAUGUUCGACUUUCCAACGGCAGCCCGACGUUGGAGCGGAACGAGCCGCGCUUGUCGGAGCACCCGAAGCCGUCAGCCUGCCGGAUGCUAUUCGGUUCGGUGGACCACGACGAGCUCCAACGGGAUUUCAAGAGACACCAGCGGGAGAUGGAGGAGGCCGCCGCCGCCAAGUGGAACAUAGACUUCGGCUCGGGCAUCCAGCUGGAAAACGACACCGGAUACCGCUGGGAGCUGGUGGACUGUCGCAACGUGCCGGAUUUCUAUACGCGGCCGCCGCGGCUGGAGCGAAGAGGCUCGGGGAAUAACCAUGUGGAUGUAAACGGGAACCACCGCUGUGUUGUCCGGGAGUCUGCGGAAGAGCGUGCGGGUGGGCCGACGUCGUGCCCGGAGCAGUGUACCGCGUUGAGGAAGAGACCGGCCAGCCACGAGCCCACUACCCAAAAUAAGAGGUCGCACAGCAGCCCGGCUGAGUAUCCAAACCGGAGUCGCUCCGCCGAACACACGCCCAGAAAGAGGAGCGGAAGCCCGGGGAGGCAAACGUGAGACGCACGAGCUGAAGAUGCAUUUCCUCGGCGUACGUUGGAGGAGAAACCCUCUAUUGUCGGUCGACUUUUUUGUUGUUGUUGUUGUUGUUGUUCUCGUUUUGGAAGAAGAGGAAGUAUACACAUCAUGAGAAACAUAUCAGCUCUCCUCGAGGAUGCUGUUGAAGCACUGAUUACAAAAAACACUAAAAAAAACAACGAGUUGUGGCACUCAAAAGCAAUUUUUUGUUUUGUGUAAAGUUACUGCCUCUGAAAAGCAGUUGAUGUAGCAGUGUGCAAUUAGGUUGGAUUUCUCUUCAUUUGCUCCUUUUUGUACUACCUGUGUGUAUAUAAAUUAUAAUUUCUCCAUGUGUAGCACAUAAGACAACAUUGUGAUUUGAAAAGAAAUCCUUUAUACUAAAUAUAUUAUAUAUAUAUAUACAUAUAUAUAUAUAUUAUAUAUAUAUAAAAAAAAAAAGACAAGGUGUGAAUUUUGAUUUGACUUGAAGAAUUGCAGUGUAGUUUGAUUUCCAAAAUGCUGUUUUAUUUACUGAAAGGCAGUUUUGACCUGGACACAAUUUUUCAAAAAAAUUGUAACAUAGCUUCAGUUUCUCGACAGUGUAUCUUCACACUUCCAAACUCAUUAGUGAAGAACGGUACAAAUGUAGCAACCUAUUUUAUUAUGUUUCUUUCACAGGAUUGCAACAUUCUUAUUUAAAUGGCCCCAAUACUUGGGAUGGAGAAAUUAUGUUUUUGGACGUUUCUCGGAAUCCUAUUAUGUUGUUCCUUGCACACCUCAGCGUUUAUUCGAACAGUGCGAUGGAGUUGUGAGGUACUUUCUGAAGGAAAAAAAAAAAAACGGUGCAAAAGGGUCGUUCUUGGUUGCGAGUUCAAGUCCUCCUCUUCGUCACAUCACCUGCCUUAAUCUGGGUUUGAAUGUUCUUACAAGACCAAACUGAUGGCUGCCAAGUGCUUCUUUUGACUUCACAUAGUUUGACUUUGUGAUAACCUUGAACUAAAUCCGCAUUUAUAACUUUGUUUGUGUUCAGCCUGCUGAGGAUGCUUAUGUUGGCAUCUAGAAGCUUUUUCUUUUUUUUCUUUUUUUUUGGCCUAAUGUUCUGAACCCGGUGUCAAACCGGACCAGAUGGAGGAACACCAGCUCGUCUCAGAAAUGCAGUCAAAAUUGCCUGUGUAUUUUUGUGUAAAUAUUUCCUUUGUACAUUAUUUUGUAAGAAAAAAAACCCAUCAAAACACAAAAAACACAGAAAUUAUACUAACUUAUUUAUGAUAAGCCGUUUUUUUUUUUUAAAUGUAGAAUAUAAAAAAGUUUUUUAAUUUGCGGUUAUCCAAAGUGGCAUUUACUUUAUUAUAGCUGUAUUAUUUUUUAAAAGCAUAUUUGUGGUAGUUUUUUUUUCUUAUCAACAAGGUUGCAAACUGAGCCUAAUAAGAUAUUUGAUGUGCA